AUGGGGAACCUUCCUUCAGAUGACCAGCGCGAUCUUUCCUCAGGCAAGAUCAAGCUCGAUGAAGUCGAGAGCUGGAAGAGAAAAGAGGUUGAUUGGUUCGAAGAACUCCGGAAGGCGAUGAAGAAGAUGAAGACUACUUUCUUUUCCGAGAGGGAAAAUGAUGAUAAAUCUUUAGCAUUGAUUGCAUUUCGCGAAGCUGGGUACUGCCUAGUUGUUAGCCAGUCACGCGCGUUGAUCUCCACCAACAACAACUUGGCCAGUACCAUCUGCUCAAGACACUUUGCUCAGAAGACAAAGGGCGUUCUUCUUAUUCGCGAUGAGGAUCCGAAAGAGCUCGAACACGAACCAGGAUGGAACGAGUUCAGUCCACAAUUAGAGACCUCAUUCGCUAGCCGCAUGGUGAGUGCGCACCACCCCGUUCAAGUCCUAGGACAGCAACGUCGCUGUCGGCCCAUCUUCACCGAGUUCCCCAAACUUCGCACGUAUGGGGACAAAAUGCACAGCCAUCUGUCUACUCUGGGAAUCUCAGUGAACCCCAGCUGGGAGAAGAUGGUUCGCGACGAGUUCGAUGCCACACCAGAGCUUGACACUGGUUGCUUUGUGCUUAGCAUCAAGAACUCCUCAUGUGAGGUUGACGAUGCGAGCAAGUCCAAGUUCAACGCAGCAAAUAUGAGAGCUAUCGUGACGCUUUGCGUCAGGAAAUACGAGGCUGGUGGGUACCGCGGCAACGAGAUGCGAAUCAUUACCAUGUAUGCAGCGCAGCGUGAUCUUUACAAGCGAGCGUUCUUCGAAGUCCGCCAUCGCCUGCCCGAAGCCGCCGUCCCAGCUAUCGAGAUACUACCUGAAGGGGUUAUUCCGUCCAUAGAAACAGCUGACUCGAUGCAAGGCCGUGAAGGCAAGUGUGUUAUUGUCGACUACGUCAUUUCCGCAGCAAAGACAGCUAAGGACCUUGGAUUUGUCAAUGACGAUAAUCGGUGCAACGUUGCUCAUACUCGGAUGAACGAGGUCAUGGUAGUUGUCGUUCCUUCACAGGUUGGCGAUAAUGCUGUCAAAAUCGCAUUUCUCGAGGAGCACAUCGACGACGAUGCUGACUCUAUAGAGAAUAAUGAUACCGCCGCGGAGAACACUGGUGCUACUGGGAAUUGGACAAGCGACGACGCUGAUGCGAACAAAGAUGCUGCUACUGGUAAUGGAAACUCGACUCAGGAAGAGCCCAAGAUAGACGACAGCGAGUCUAUGUGGGGGCCGGAGCCUGACGCGAGGAAGAGCGACGAGAAGAAGCGAGAAGAAGAGAAAAGCGAGGAGUAA